UUUUUGUUUUGUAUUUUAAGGGGGAGGGGGGGAGGGGGUCGAGAUUGACAGACAGAUCCCACUGAAAUAAAUUACUAACAAAUUCACUACAUCCCAUCUUCAUAAAAACCCAUAGAAUUCACCAAUCUUUUUUGUUGUUUGAUUAAAUAUUUUUAUUUUAUAAAAUUUCAGCUGGCUGUAAUUGCUUACACAGAAGAAUAGGGGUAAGAUGCUUGGUGUCUCCUCUACUAGUACUACUCCCGGUAGAGCUGUCAUUUCGGCAGCUCCACCACUACUACCACCGCCAUCACAAGAUGCUCCAGAAAGUGGCGGAAGCAGUGAGGGUGGCGGGGGUGAUGGUGGAGGAGGAGAUGUGGGAGUUGGCGGUGGUGGAUUUAGCGAAGAAGGAGGAAGGAACUCAGCUGGAAAUCGAUGGCAUAGACAAGAGACCUUAAGUUUAUUGAAAAUUAGAUCGGAUAUGGAUGUUGUUUUCAAGGACUCAAGUCUUAAAGGACCCUUAUGGGAAGAAGUUUCAAGAAAAAUGGCGGACUUGGGAUAUCAUCGAAGUGCCAAGAAAUGUAAAGAGAAAUUCGAGAACGUUUACAAGUAUCACAGGAGAACGAAAGAAGGUCGUGCUUCUAAAGCAGAUGGAAAAACUUAUCGCUUCUUUGAUCAGUUACAGGCUUUGGAAAACAAUCCAGCUUCUCAUUCUUUACCCCCACCUCCGUUGGCAGCACCACCAAUAACAAUGGCAAUGGCAAUGCCAAUGCGGUCAGGAAAUGCUUCUGUAAAUCCUCCCCCCAUGCCAAUGCCACAAAAUAAUGCUGCUUCAUCACCACAAAGUCUUCCGUUUGUUGUUUCUCAUAAUAAUGUUGUGACAGCAGCAGUGCCGGCUGUUAAUCAUCCUAUGAUGCCUGCACUGCUACUAUCACAGCCACAACAACAAUCACAACCAGCAAUACAACAGCCAAUGGCUAACUUGAACCAGAUAAAUCAACCUCAAGGUAAUACAACCACUAGUUUUCUAUCAAAUUCGACUUCAUCUUCUUCGACUUCAUCAGAUGAGGAUAUACAAAGGCGGCACAUGAAGAAGCGGAAAUGGAAGGACUUCUUUGAGAGGUUGAUGAAGGAUGUGAUUAAAAAACAGGAAGAGUUGCAGAAGAAGUUCAUGGAAACACUUGAAAAGCGCGAGAGGGAUAGGAUGGUGAGGGAGGAGACAUGGAGAGUACAAGAGAUGGCGAGAUUGAAUCGGGAACACGAUCUUUUAGUCCAAGAAAGAUCAAUGGCAGCAGCAAAGGAUGCAACAAUCAUCGCAUUCUUGCAAAAAAUAACCGAACAGCAAAACACUCCAGUCCUUAACAGUAAUACUAUCAAUACUUCGCCAACUCAAAUGCAAUCAAAAUUGCCCAAAAAGCCUUCGGUUGCACCGCCACAUUCUCAGUCACCACAAACUCCUCAACCACAACCACCACCAGCUAUCGCUGUAUCACUACCAAUGACAAUACAUACCCCAGUACCAACACCAACACCAGAGACAAUGUCAUUACCUGUCGCGACAAAAUCCUUUGAAACCCCAAAAACCGAUAAUGGUGGCGAGAAUUUCUCUCCAGAAAGCUCGUCAAGAUGGCCGAAAGAAGAAAUCGAUGCGUUGAUCAGUCUCCGAACCUGCCUAGAUCUAAAGUACCAAGAAAACGGACCAAAAGGGCCACUCUGGGAGGAAAUUUCAGCUGGAAUGCGAAAACUUGGUUACAACAGAAAUGCCAAGAGAUGCAAAGAGAAAUGGGAGAACAUAAACAAGUACUUCAAGAAGGUCAAGGAAAGCAACAAGAAAAGACCAGAAGAUUCCAAAACUUGCCCAUAUUUCAACCAGCUGGAGGCAUUAUACAAGGAAAAAUCCAAGAAUGAAACUGUACCAAAUACAGUUGUGUUCGGAUUAAGACCAGAAAACAGUACCCCUAUUGCUCCCAUCAUGGCUCAACCGGAGCAACAAUGGCCACUUCCUCAAAUACAACCUCAGGUCCAACAACAAGGAAGUACGAACUAUAAUAAUCAACAUCAUCACGAUAAUCAUGAAAGUGACAGCAUGGAUCAUAACGAGGAUGAAGAUGACAUAGAGGAAGAUGAAGAUGACGAAGAUGAGGGCGAUGGUUAUGAGAUAGUGACAAACAAACAACCAUCAUCAAUAGCGGCUGCGACCGUCACAACCACUGCUACUGCAGUUUGAACUAUAAGCAUGAAAAUAAGACUGCCAAACUCUCAAAUAAAGAGAGUGAAAAAAGAAAAUUCAGAAGUGACUGUGCAUUGGGAAUGGCAAGUGGGACAACAGAUUUUGCAGUAAUUUGUCGUAUUCAGAAAUUCCUAUUUGGUGAGAGCAGACGGUGACUGCAGUAAAAAUAUCAUUUGGAAAUGCAAAGGCAUUUAAGUUACACAUGUGUAUUUUUUUUUUACAUUUUCAUUUUUUUUGGAGGGAUCUGGUAAGGGUACAGUUGUUAUUAUUAUUAUUAUUUUUUUUGUGUGUGGGGUGGGGUGAGGGGGUUAAAGUAUAUUUCCAUUCAGUUUCAUUAUUUAUUUAUUAUUUGAAAUUUGGAAAAUAAAGUUUUAUUGAAGGGAUGUGAGGGGAGAGAAAGGAGACAUAAAAGAAUAAGUGCAGGGUAAUAAUGUAAUUUGAACUGCUUUUUAUUUUUCUUGUAUUUUGUUCAAGGGGAUGUAAAUGUGAGAAAAUGGUUACAGAAUUUUAAUUUUUAUUCUCUAUUUUCUUUGUUUUUAUAA